GUCGAUCAUAGUGCACGACCAUAAUAGCAUAUUAGGGAAAAGAAACACGAUCAACAAGAUUACAGGAAGUGAGCGAGACGGGACACACUACUAUGAAUCACACUAUACAGCCCGUGGUUUCACCUUUAUUUUUCGCAAAAAAUCGACAGCGUCGCCAAGCCACCGGCAUCCAAAUCGCUUCGGAUACGUACCCAAACAGCUCGCAAUGCCUGCGCCAAUCCCUGAUGAACUGUAAGCUAAUAAAUGAGCAAAAACAAUAACGAAACCCAACCUGAGACGGCGUUGCGGCGUCAGCCAUCUUGAGAGAGCCGAGACAAUAGUUGUGGGUGAGGAGGCGAGGCCAGUGAGGGCGCAAAAGGGGGAGGGGCGAGGAGUAUGUAAUGACAUCGAUAGCUUUUUUUUUUAUUGAAGCCGUUUUCUAACCUUGUGACGUUUUGGGCUCCGGAGUGAUAGUGGUGGCUAUUUUUUUUUGCACGACGCGCGUUGCUGUGCUGGAUGUGCGGUGCUCGGGUCCCGGGAUGUGAUCGUGAGCGUGUCGGCGAACGAAAUUCGUGCGCGGUGCUGCGUGCGGAUCAGCCCUGGGAAAGUGUCGUCGGCGCAUUGGCGCGCCUCGGACGAGGCUUAGCUCCCAGUCGGCGGAGGGCCCCCGCAAAGGAACCCACACCCGAUGAACGUCAGGUGAGCUAGCUUGUGCGAGCGGCCGCCGCUGCGCGCGCCCCGAGGAGUCAUGGAAAAGCUUCACAAGGAGCCCGGGGACUACACCAAGGACUCCUCGUCGUUCACGCUCGAGCUGCAAAAGUUCCACGAAAGCCGCGGGAGCCCGUUCCGUCAUGCGCCCCGGAUAAACGGCCGCGAAGUGGAUCUUUUCGCCCUCUACAACAGCGUGACGGCGAUCGGCGGCUGGCAGAAGGUGAACGACCUACUCAAGUGGGAUUACAUUCUCGACAAACUCAACUUUCCCAAGGCGUGCGCCAAUGCAUCGCUGGCUCUGCGGCAGAUCUACGUCCGGUACCUCAGCGUGUUCGAGAAGGUGCACUUCCUGGGUGAAGAUGCGGAUGAAGAGGCUGACCCCGGCUCGGAGUCUCGCAGUGGCCGCAAGAGCAAUGGUGCUGCGCUGGUCCAGGUGCCCAUGUACUAUAACCGGGCACAGCACGACAUCCCUGAGAGCCAGCGGCUCGUCCUGGGCCUUGCGCCCUGCCCGGGCCCGUCGCCGGAAUACAGCAAGCUCUGCAUGUCCCUCCUGAGCGGCCUGCCCAAUGAGGAGGCGCUUACGCUCAAUGUGUGCACCCUCCUCUCCAACGAGGGGCGGCACAGCCUCAAGAUGGACCGCAUGCCCCGGCUCAUCGACCUCCUGCUGGCACAGGCGGGGCUCUUCCCGGCGGAUGACCCGACACUGCGGCCCAUGAUGCUGGAGAGCUGGCAGGGGGUAGAGGGCCGGCGGAUGGAGCGUUUCUGGGAGGACAAUUUAGACGCCGAGACGAUAGCCUUAUUUAAUAUCGGCAAAGGUAGCAAAGACGAAGAGGAUGAGCUUUUUAACUUAAAUUAUGAAGUAGGAACGCGGAGUAUAGAAGGCCAAAGAGUGUUAAGGAUUGCACUGAUCUUCCACAACCUCUCGUUUGAAGAGCGCAAUGCUGUCAUUUUGGCAAAGAACCGGACAUUCAUCAGGUUUGUCAUGUUGUCGGCCCUGAGUCGUUGGUCUACAUUGCGCCAAGUGGCUCUGGACACGAUAGGCAACCUGGCUUCUAAGUUGGUGCUGUACCCCGCCAUGGAGGAAGACGAGGACGAAGUCUCUUCGCCUGACCACUGCUACGAGGACUUGGCAGGCGAGCGGCAACGCUGGUCCUGCUCGCUACUGCGGCUCACCCGUGAGGGCAUCCAGUCGCAGGACCGCUACCUGGUCGUGCGCUGCCUAGACAUCAUGGCCCGCCUGUGCCGCCAAGAACGCAAUGCGGAGCCCCUGCUGGCAGCGCUGGACACGCCGCUGUGCCGCCGUGUCUUCGAGCUCCUCACCGUGCAUGACCUGAUGCUCCUCAUUUACGCGCUUGAGGCCCUGUACAUGCUCAGCGAGCUGGGCCGCGAUGCCUGUGAACGCAUGCUCCUGGUCCACCGGUCCAUGGGGAUCCUGGUCAGCCUGCUCACCCUGGACCCCCUGGUCUACGGACCGCUUGCGCAGAAGGGCAUGAAGCUCAUCGAGACUGUCGACCCGCUCCUGCCUCCGCCGCAAGUUCCAACGACAGUUAACCCGGCGGUCCCUCCGACCCCACUGCCAAUGUCGGCGCCGUUAACACCUUCCAUGGUGGCCACUGGCAGCAGCGCGGGGCCAGGCAUGCUGGGAACACCGAGUGCACCAGGAGCUGUUUCGGGUGUGACCGGAACGACGGGGCCCGGACCGGGGGUGGGUCCCCCAACAGGUGGGGCCGCUCCGGGCCUAGCAACGACUGCGGCUCCGCAGAGUGACCCGAUGGACACGGAGGCGUUUGCAGGGACGUGGGUGCGUGCCAUGUACGAGCCAGCUCCUCCAGGCUGCUCAGUGGCACGCAACGACAUCUACGCGGAGUAUGUGACGUUUUGCAGCAAGGCGGGGCGGAAGAGUGUCAUCAGUGCAUCAACAUUUGCCAGCUGCGUCAAGGCGGUGUACACACAGACAGGUAUCCGGCGGGUGGACGGUGCGAACGGCGUAGUGAGCUUUCAUCACGACGGCCUCCGCAAGCGGCUCAACCCAUUACCGGUGCCCAUUCAAGUGACCAGCUGCCUCAGCAUCAGCACACAAGCUGCGGCCACGACACUGCGCACACCGCUAGCAAGUGGUGGCACGGCGUCUAGCCACAGCCCGAUCCUGAAGGCUCAGCUGUCAGCACCGCUUCGCGCUCUGACUCCACCAGGGAACCAGGCUUCCCCGCCCCCUUCGCCGGCCCUGGCCACAACUGCACCACCGGUCAUGGGUACUCCUCCAGCGCCGCCACCCGGUGGUGCCCCUGGCGGGUCGAGCAACCUCAUCAAGAGCUUGUUGGCCAACAAGGUGUCCCGCAACCUUCAGCGGCAGCAGCAAAUGCAGCAGCAGCAGGCGACGGUGGUGGCGACAAGUGCGGAUGCAGAGGCGACACCGGUGACAGCCGGGACACCCGUAUUGGCCAACAGCGCCACACCUACCAGAGCACCCGAACCCGUACGACGGGAGGUGAACCCUGCCUCCGCCGUCAGCUCCCAUCAACCGCAACACCAUCAGCAGCAGCCUGUGGUCACAACACAGUCUUUCAGCUUCAUAUCGACCACGGCGGCGGCGGCGGCUGCCGCCUCGACCAUAACCUCAGUUGCACCCACAGCCCAAACCACUCAGCAGGCAACAACCUGUCUUACGUCUGCGCUUCAAGCCAAGCUCCAGCAGCAGCCACAGGCUUUGGUCCCCAAUUCGGUUCAGCCUCAAACUCACGUACAGAGUCCCGGGACCACUUUGCACAUGCGUGUCCAGCCGCACGUGCAGGUACAGGUUCCAACCGUUCACACACAGCCUCAGAUUCAGGUGCAGGUGCAGGUGCCAACCUCAGCAGCUCAGACGCAGCAUGCACAAAUGCAGGUGCAGGUCCCAACUUCGACAGUUCAGCCACAGCAGGCUCAAGUCCACGUGCAAGUCCCAACCUCGGCAGCUCAAACUCCACAUGCGCAAAUCCAAGUCCAAGUUCCAACAUCGGUGGCUCACAUGCUGCACGCACAAGUCCAGGCACAAGCCUCAAGCUCGGCGAUUCAGGCGCAACAGAUGCAGGUACAAAACUCGGUGGUUCAGGCACAGCAGGUACAGGUGCAGGUUCCGGCCUCAGCAGCUCAGGUGCAGCAAGGUCAAAUCCAGGUGCAAGUUCCAGGCACCACUGUCCAGGCUCCGCCACAGGUUGCAACAGGGGCAAACCAGCUCCCACCUUCAUCUGCACCUGUUCAGAUCCAGGUUCCGACAGUGCAGGCACAGCAACGGCAAAUUCAGGUGCAGGUUCCCACGGCCAUGGUUCAAACACAGCCUCACAUUCAGGUGCAGGUUCCCACUUCAGCAAUUCAGUCUCAGCAGGUUCAGGUGCAAGUCCCAACUUCAACCCUUCAGCAGCAGCAGCAGGUUCAGGUGCAAGUUUCGAGUGCAGCACUUCAGCCACAGCAGGUUCAGGUGCAGGUUCCGAAUUCGGCACUCCAGCCACAGCAGGUUCAGAUGCAGGUUGCGACAACACCUGCAGUACAGACACAGUUCCAGCAACAGAUGCAGGUUCACACGGGACCGGUCGUGCAGACUCAAGUUCAGCCACACCAGGUGCAGGUUCAGGUGCCGACCCAAAUCUGCCAGGCGCCGUUGCAGACUCAAGUUCAGACUGCAGCGGGUCCGAUGCUGAUUCAGUCUGCACAGCCAGCCACCAUGGUCCAGGCACCUCCACAGGUUGUGGUAUCCAUGGCGCCAACUGGGCAGGUUCCAGCCUCCAUUUCGGUGCCAGCCGUCUCGGUCCAGACGUCAAUGUCUGUCCAGACGCCUCUUCAAGUCACAUUCUCAACGCCAGUUUCAACACCUCUUCUGGCUUCUGCCAUUGCCUCUGCCCAGAGUUCUGCACCAUCAUCAGUGUCUGCGGUCAGCCUGGCACAGACUUUACCCACGAGCCUGGCCUCGAAUGUGACUUCAAACCUGGCAUCUGGCCUCGCCGCGAAUCAGACUGUGGUGGUUGGAUCCUCUGCGCUGGCGUCGAACCUAAGCACGGGUUCCAACCAGACUGUCGUUAUGGCUCCGAAUUUAGCAUCGAACUUGGGUGGGAGCUCUGCGGUGGUUGUGGGUUCGGCGCUGCCUUCGAAUCCGGUCAUGGCGCAGGGUACGUCUUUGGCUGCAAGCUUGGCUUCGGGUGGUGGCUUGCCACCGGGGGCCACCAUCGUCAUGGUGCCUAACUCGGCCACGGGCAUCACAACAGGGAUGCUUGUUGUACGACCGCAAGGGAAGCUGCCGGCUGGUGCUGUUGGUGCAACUCUUCUGGCAAGGAGCCAAGCCGUAGCCAAUGCCAUCAACGCUGGUGCCAGGGGACCGCUUAUAGUGUCCACCCGACCCAACGGCUUCCAGCGAGACAUCGUCAUGGAGGUAUCGAUGCCUCCUGAGUGCAAGCAAGAACUGCCCCCUUCCACACAGCAGGCAUCUGUGACAAGUGCAGAUCACCCUGUGCACAACCACGUUGGAGAGAAUGGUGCAACCGGCAACUCGACCACCAUGACUACCACAACGACGAUGACGACAGCCCACAAGUGCGUUGCCAUUCUUCCGAGCACAACCUCCGCUUCUGGAACUGCCACAGAAACAAAACCUGUUGAGAGCAUAGUGUACAAGAGCUCGCCGCUCCUCAACGGUCUUCUAGAUAAGGGCAAGAUGCCAUUGGCUAUGGAAUCCGCGACGCUGCAGAAUGGAAGCGCUGAAGACGAGAUGGUGCAGCACACUGAUGGCUCUUCUGCAAUGGUGAUAUCGGAUGAUGGUGGCAUGGCAGUGACCAAUGGGACAGGCACCGUGGAGAAGAUGACAACCUCGUCGGACCUGUCACCGAUCCAGGACAUUGUGGGGUCGGUGGAGAGUGCAUCUAAGGUGAUUUCCCGCACCAGCGUGGAUGCUGCUGUUUCGUCGGCGUUGAAGCGAACGGCAGAGCCAGAUGGCAGCGGCGUAGGUUGUGCAAAGAGGCUCCGGCUGGAAGACUCGAGCGAGGCGACAUUCCAAGUUAGUGACUCAACCGAGAGGCAAGCAUCACCACCCGCAGCUGCAGUGCCUGCCCCUCAGCAACAGCAGCAGUCUGCAAUUGUGGUGGCACGGACAGAGGCGACCUCAGGAGCGCAGCACGUCAUUGUCCAGCAGGGUGUGAUCCAGCAAAGUGUAAUGCAGCACAGUACAACUCAGCAACAAGGUGGUGUGCUUCAGCACACCUGUGCCCACCAAGCCAUGGUGCAAAAGGUGCCUCAACAGCUGCAGACAGCAGCCUCGUCAGCGACGCCGCAGAUGGUGCGGGCGGUCGCAACUACUUCGUCAGCGGUUCCGCAGCCCAACCUGGUGAAACUCUUGAGCACCAUGGACUCCUCAAAAACUGUUACCACAGUGGUGGCGACAAACUCUACGUCAGCAACGAGUGUGAUGUCGACCGUGGCGGCAGGGUCGACUCCAGUGUCCACACAGCCCAUGGAAGUGAAACCCAUUGUGACAGCGUCUAAGACUGUAACAGUUGACGUGGAGAAGAAGUCGACUACGCCGUCCGUAGCUGGUCAUCACCACCUCCACCAUCACCACCACCAUCACAAGGCAGCAAAGUUAGUCUACCAUUGCGAGUGGAAAGGGUGUGAUCGGACAUUCUCAACACCGGGUGCAGUAUUCUACCAUGCCUGCAAGGUGCACAUACCAGAGGCCGACAACGACGUCCACUGUCAGUGGGACUCGUGCGAUGACAUGAAGCGUCGCCGACUCUCGCUGUUCACACACCUCCAGGACCGGCACUGCAAUGAGCAGGUGCUCCAGAUCCAGGCAGUUCGACGGCAGCAGAUCUCGCAGUUUGGCAAGGCCUCCUUACCACCACCUGCCCAGCCACCCCCACACCCCGGUUAUGCGCCUGACGCCGCUUUGCUCGCUAUCCGGAGGCACGCCCUGGCCUACUACAACCACCGCGAUGCCUCAGAUGAAAAGGAGUCUGCGUUGGCCAAGAGCAUACGGCUCACUUCGGCCCUCAUCAUACGGAAUCUCGCUACCCAUUCAUCGCGAGCAAGACGUUACCUGCGGCGGUACGAGCAGCAGCUGUCGACUGUGGCCAUGUCCCCGCUAGAGUCGUCACGGACUAUUGCUCAGUGCUUGCUCGAAAUGUCACGGGUGCCGACGCCGGACUGAAGGAGUUCUAAACGCGAGGUAGAAAACCGAACUCUACAAGCUAUCGCAGCGUCAUGCCACGCCGAAGUGCGCGCGUGCAAUUGCCCCGCUAAUGUGAGACCAGGUGGGUCAUCGUGGCGGGUGAAAAUGUGUGUGUGUGUGUGUGGUGGCAGUGAUGGACCUCGGAUCGGCUGGAACGUUGCGAUCGGCAGCUGUCGGCUCCUGCCCUUUUACAAACUUUCGACCUUGUACAGACAGAGAAGGGGCACGUGAUGCGCGGAACAGUGCCCAGGCGACGCUAGGCCGGAGAGGCGGGAAAAAAAAAAAGUGGACAAUGCCUGUCGAAGAAGUGCAUUCGCGUGAUGGAAAGAGCAAGAGAAACUUCCCUACGUGCCUCGAUCAAGCGACGGUGAAAAAGAGUAGAAGCCUGUCGCGUCUUGUUUUUUUCUUUUUUUUCUUUCUCUCUUCGCUACCCUUCGUCGUGUAAAGCAUUGUGUGGUGGCAGCAGGACACAGUGGCGUCAUAUCAAACUGUGAAACAGGAAAGGAACACUGUCUCUCAUACCAUCUGUCCGAUUUUUCUUUUAUUUGUUAUCAGAACACUUCUCACUUUUUUUUUCUCUUUCUUUUUCCUCACAGAAUUUGGUCUGUUUACAGUUGUGUCAAUCAUGCUUUAUGUACAAGAAAGUGUGAGUGGUCACCGCUUUGUGAGGACAAAAAAAAAUAAGGCUCGCAGCCAUGGGACCGACGGAAGCAGGGAGGGAGCAGGCCCUUUCAGAUGUUGUUGCCUACUUGAGAGUCUCGGGGUGCGUGUGUAUAUUGGAAGGUAUAUUCUUUUCAUGGCUUCGCAAGCGCUUUUCAUGCAAGAGUGGCCUGUCGACUCUUCACUCGGCCCCACUAUGUCUCCCUCGGUGGUCUGGAGCACGGCUUGUGUGGCCGUUUUUAUUUAAGACUUAUUUAUCUACAUGUAAGGGAGGGACAAAAAAAAAAAUGACGUCAUAAUUUCUCAAGCACUGUAUCCUACCAUCUCGUUUGCUCGUCCCGACGUCCUAUGCUGGUUCGACAUUUUAAACCAUUUUGUUUUUUCUUCAUUAAAAGCUGCUUACCCCAUUCUUGAAAGUUGUGUCCAAAGUUUGCUUUGCAGGCUGCUUGGCAUGAUCGUGUUCAGUUUUGCGAGGAUGAUGUUUGGAAUUUUGUAGAAACACUUGAACAUUUUGUUAAUAUGUUUCCAAUUUGAAAGCUGUAACAUAUUCAGAGUCGCAGUUUUUAAAAGUCAUACAGAGAGUAGCAUUGCUGUCAGACAGGGCAAUUACAGUGUUUACUUCUUUUUUUUUAUUUAGAUUGUGCCUGCAUAAUUAAGGACUGAAGAGGGAAAAAAAAUCAAGAUCAACUUUUUCACCCAGCACUUUGUUGUUCAAACCGCAUUAAAUAACUUUUUUUUUUCAGUCUUUCUUCUCCGCAGUUUCUGUCCUCUCUGGGGAAGGAAUAAGAUGUCAUUCCUUUGCCUUGUACGCUUCAUUUCCUUCAUAAUGCACAGAAUUUCUGUUUUGUAUGUGCGGUGCAUUUCCACCUCCCAUUCAACAAUUUUGGAGGAGCCUUCCCAACCCAAAUGGUGGUCCCGCCACUCACAAGUAGAGCCCCGUUCCUCUGCGAGUUCUCAUCGAGCACAUGAAAAACACACAACGCAUUCUCGCCGAAACAAUUGCGUCAUUAUAAAUAUUGUAGCAUAGGAAGGCAGCAGUUUCGUGUGACCGGCUAUGGUUGUUUUUGAUGGGACAGGGAGGGGUUGGGGAGGGGGUUUACUGUAAUGUGGAGCUUGUGUGGUUCACUUGAGGGCGAGUCUGAGCUUUGAAAAGUUGUACUUGGCUCUCCAUGUCUAGAUUAACAUCUACGUUAUUGAGAACUGUCUCCCGGAUUCCACCAAGUGAAGGGCAGUGCCAUCUUUCAGCUGCCAUUGUCACUGAGCUUGCCAAUAACUCUCCUUGUUAAUUCCUGAGCUUAAUUAGGAGCUUAACAGCUACACGGAGGCACCAGAAUCAGAUGGGCUUUGCUGAAGCGGCUUGUCAUCUCUGGAAUCUCAGAUGAGCAUCACUGGCGCACUGUGCAUUCAGGGAUGCUGCUGCCUAGCAAUUUUUUAGGUAUAAAUAAAUUAGUGAAUUGGAGCCCUUAACUCUCCAAAGCACUGAAGUUAGUGGGCUAUUAAUCGAGCAACCCCUUGUCAUGCGAAUUGAGCGUUCAAUAAUGUUACUUGGUGAUUCUCGAGCCAUAAUUUAGUAAUUGGGUAUUUUGGAGAGCUACCUUGAAUGCACUCAAGUUAAAAUUGUUAACCUUUCACGUAGCAAAUUGUUGAGCAUUGUUGGGGAGCAGCGCAAUUGAUAAUGUAGCUUUGAGAUUUCGAGUUUAAUAAUUUGGAAUUUUUAGCAGAUACUUGAAAGCUUCGGUUAUUGGGUCAUUUAUAAGCAACCCUUCGCCUUGCUAAUCAAUGAGGAGCUUUACUGAGGAGCAGUCCAUUCAAUAAGGCUGCUUGACAAUUCCUGAGCUAUUAAAUUCACUAGCAAAACACUUUUAAAAGUUGCUCAGAGGCCCCACAGUUAGAGGAAGGAGCGCUACUCAAGCAGCCACUGUGACCUUGGGCAUCACUCAGGAGUGUUAACAAAGGGCUGUGCAUUUCAAUAAUGCUGCUUGGUCUGAUCCGCGAGCGAUGUUUUCCUAAUUGGGCAUGUUACAAAGCUACUGUGAGGCACCAGAGUUAAAGGAGCGUUGCUUAAGCAACCAUUGAGGCAGGGGAUCACUUGGGUAUGGUGCGUUUAGUAAUGCUACUUGGCGAUUCCUCCGAGCCAUAAUUUUGUAAUCGGCCAUUGUCGGCAUCUGCUCGGUGCAGGAGUAGGAAAAGGUGUUUCCAAGCAACUUGGGAAUUACAGGUGAGCGUUAUUGAUGCGCACAGUGUACUUCAUUUGAAGAGGAGCACUACCAAUUACUUGCUGCAACUGAGCAGGUGUUAAGGUGCGUUCGUGAAUAUGUUGACAAAGGAGUAGCUGCCUUUUUUUUAUUCCUCUUUUUUUUCAUUACAUUUCUCGGCAGCUGUAUAACAUAAAUGAAUCUGUUGCAGCUCUGCUCGAUUCCAUGUACCUCUGCACAACUCUUGCUGCCGAAGAAGAAGUGUUGCGAGAACUUGCACUUUUCUAGUAUUUUUGGUUCUGUUGUAGUGCUCACAAGUGCCCUGUAGGAGCACCUGUCUUUUGUUAUUCCCGUUUGUUCCACGUUGUGUGAGCUUUUGAAUCAUGGGUGCUCUUCUUCAUGCAGCUGUGACACUGGUGUUGUCCUCACCUGCCAGUCUUCUAUUGUUUUUUUACAGCCAGUGCCCUUACCCAAUGACAAAUUCAGGUGCAACUUUGUGAGCUUAGCACUAAGGUGAUGCCUCUUCUGAAGGACUUCAACUGUGCUGUCACUGUAGAAACUGUUUCAUUUUCCGGCAAGCGCUAACCUCUGGUUUGAAAGGAAAAAAAGCCUAGCUGAAUCGGUCAAACGAUGACUUCAGCAUAAAUCCUUUUUUUUUUUUUCGUGAGCGUUUGUAGGACUGGUAUAACUGACUGCCAAAGCCAAGCAAGCAGUCAAUCGGGUCGGUGAACCCUUGUAGUCAGCAUCGCUUUAAGUGCUGCCUUUUUUUAGUUUUUCAGUUCUAUUGUAAAAGAUUCUUAUUAUGUUGAACCUUGGCCAUUGUGUGCUGUACGAUAAUACGGUAACCUUCUGCUGUAGCCUUGUAAGAUGGGUACAGCAGUAGCAUGCAUUUUGCUGAGCAGAAAGGCCUACUGUGUGGCCAGAUGUGUUUCCAUGCGGUAAAAUGGUAUGGUUAAAUUGACUUUGUUCCAAAUGUUCUACCCAGCUACUGUGCAGGCUCUGUCAGCUCCAACUACACCUGAAGUUUGCGUUUUGCUUAGUACUUUAGCCAGUCAUCGCUAUUUUCCUCUCCUUUUCCUACAGAAAUGUUUCCAUAUGCAGUCAAAUUAUUUCAUAUGUUUUCUCUGCUAUUUAUCGCAGAAGUAAUGUAGAACUGAUGCUAAUUGUUGUUGAGAACAGUAUCAAGAUGUCAUAGAAAACAGGAAAUUAAGUAUUAGGCAGCAUGGCGAAGCGCUGCGCAAGCAUUCAAUUUCAAACCCUGCUACCUCUGGUUCAUCGGAAAGCGAAAAUUUUCUCCAGCUUGGCUGUCUUGUGCACUUGCCCAAGUCACUUGACUAUCCCAUUGUGAGUCGCAUCCUUGUGCCUUUUUUUUUUCUUUUUUGUUGAGAAAGACAUGUCCUCUGCAAGGCUACUGUGCUCUUUAUGUCUUAAAUCAUCUGCUCAGAUGCCCACCUGUUGAAGAGAUUCUCCCAGUGCUAAUUACUGAAUGUGCGUCCCAUCCAACACCUUGUGCCCCCAAACCGCGUACCCUUCCCCAUCCCUUGCCCUCGUCACUGACAACUUGUCUGGAUGCACCAAGUUCACAUAAACAUUAUUGCAGUUAAUAUUAUUGUAUUAUGAUUGCUGCGUCUAUUUCUGUAUAUAUAUGCAUACAUGGUGAUGACGAGAAAAAUUUAUACACAGAGUGAAGAGAAAUUGGUUAAUAAAAUGUUUUUUGGCCAUCUCA